AUGUCCACGCGUCCUUUAGAGCAAUCAGCUCUUUCUUUAGAGUGGGUUCUUGGCGCGAAUACGUCAAUCAUCAAUGGUGUUAUUGAUUUAACAGAUGAUACUCGCAAAUGCUUUUUCUAUCCAACAGCACAUACAGGAAUUAUAUUAAAUACGGAAAAUAAUACUCAGACACUUUUAUCAGGCCAUCGCCAUACUAUCACUGCAGUUGCUGCAACAGUUGAUAAAGCAUUUAUUGCUACAGGUGACACUGGCGAUCAAUCUGCUUUAAUUGUUUGGGAUUCUCGCACAGCAGUUCCUGUUUUUACAAAGUUUAACCCACAUCCACAAGGUCUUUGCGCUUGUGCAUUCUCACAAAAAGGAAACUACAUUGCAACUUUAAGUUCUAAUGAAACUCCGCAGCAUCUUGCAAUCUGGAAUUGUACAACCGUCUCUGAUGAUCCUGAGCCAGUAGCUCUUAUAGAAAUUCCUUUCCCUGAUCAAAUGAAGUGCAUUCAGUUUAAUCCACGCGAUGAAACACAAAUUGUUACAAAUGGUGCACAAACAAUUAUCUUUUGGCAGUGGAAUCCCGCAACUACAGAAAUUUCAUACUACGCUCCUGCAGUUUCUUCACGCGAAUUAAAGAAACCUAUUGGCAACCUCAUUUACUCAAGAUAUCUUUCAGAAAACGACGAUGUCAUUUUAUCUACAUCAGAAGGAUCCGUUGUCCAUAUGGUUCGUGAUCCUUUUGCUUUACAUCAAGGAUUAGAUGCAGAACACAAGCCAGUCAAAGUAAUUGGCCUUCACAAAUCAGCAGUUACUACACUCGAAAUUCAUAAUAACUACAUUGUUACAGGUGGUGCCGAUGGAAUUGUCAAAUUCUACGAUUUCCAAUUCAGAUUAAUCGCAUGGUUCGAAGAAAUCAAGAAUGGUCCGAUCACAUCUAUCUCAUUUGCUAAUACUUCUAUGCCAAACGACCGAGAAAAAUUCUCAUGCCAACCAUUCAUCGUCGCUACAGCUACAGCCGCAGUUCUUCGACUUACAGAUCAAGUCUGCUUCGAUGUAACAGGCGCCCAUCAACCAGAGAUCCUUCUCCGAAACCAUACAGGCAAUGUAAAGGCAAUUGCCGUAAAUCCGAACGAUGGACGUGUAGUUACAGGCUCCGACAAAGGCGAAUUGAUUCAGUGGGACAUAGUCAAUCAUUUGGCCGUAAACAGAGUCGUAAUGGACAAAUUACAAGUAUCAGCAUUAAGAUACGAUCCAUGUGAAGACUUUUUAGCUGUUGGCUUCACUAACGGCAGCAUCUCUGUUGUUACAACAGAAAACUUCGAUGAAGUCUAUCAGCAGAGAAUUGCAAAAGGCGUUUCCAUCACAGAUAUCCAAUACAGCGCCGAUUCUUCAUUCCUUGCAUGUACAUUGAGUGACAACACGCUUGCCUUGUUCCGUUCUCUCGACAAACUCUCUCCAACAACUCCUAUGAUCAGCCAAGGUGCCGAUGACGACAAAGUACAGAUGACAACUAUCCAACAAGACAUGAAGAAGUGGGAAUACGUUGGUCGCCAUCGCAGCCAUUGGGAGCCAAUUACAGGACUUGCUUUCAUCGGCCAAGGCACUCAGGAAUCUCCUUUCAGACUAUUUACAAUUGGAAAAGACAGAAGAGUUGUCGAAUACGAUUACGCGACAUCUGCUUAUUUGGAUGGUGUCAAACUUAAAAUGGAAACAAAAGUAGAAAUGACGGCCAAACCAACGACAUUUGCAUGGACAUUGAAAGACAACAGACCAUUCUUUGUUGUUGCGAAUACAGAAGGAAAACUUAGAUUAUGGAAUGGCAUGACAAUGAUUUGUCGCAGUACAACAUUGGCUCCUUCUUUCGGAGGAGACAUUGUUCACAUGCAAUUCGUUGAAACAGGAAGACCAGCAAUUGUUUACGCGACAGAUUCAUGUAUAUUAGGUUUAGUUCUUUAUCCUUUGACAGGAAAUCCAAACGAGUCAAUGGGAUUAAUCGCACAUCCAACACAGAUAUCAAGAUUAGUCAUGUCUCGUGAUGAAUCUCGUGUUUUAGUUACAAGUGGUGUUGAUAAUUACAUUGGUAUUUUCACUUGCCAUCCAGAACAUUUAGAAGCAUCUGCACUUUUGGCAUCGAGAGAAGGAGAUCCAUUCAUUGCGAUGUUGGAAGGAGGUCAAGAUGGCCAAUUAUACCAGGAAAUCGUUGACUACUUCUACUCAAGUAUGCUCAGAGUUCAAGGAAAACUCACUGAUAAACCACACGAAAUUCCUCAAGUUGUUCCUAUCAGUGAAGUUGUUCCUCUUCUUUGCGCUUUAGGUUUCUAUCCAACACAGUACGAAGCUGAACUCAUUAAGAACGAGAUAUAUUAUUCAAAGUACUUGGAGACGAACAAAGAAACAGAGUUUGUCGACUUCCAAACUUUCUUGAGAUUGUUCUUGAAUCACAGACCUGUUGUUCCUCCUUCUUUGGAUGAUAUUGAACACGCCUUCAAAGUUCUCGGUGCUGAUGAACAAGGUUUGUUAUCUGUUAAAGACUUGUUCAACAUAUUACAGUCAAGUGGUGAGACAAUGCCAAUCGCUGACAUAGAGAAAUGCAUACAGACUUUAGUUGGCGAUGAGUUGCCGUCACAUUUGAACGCAUACGAGUUCGUAGAAAAUGUUUUAGGUUUGAUUUCUGGUGAAGAAGAAGAUUACAAUGAAAUAGCAACAGGAACUGACUCCGCAAACGCAACAAUGUCUGCAACAUCAAUAGGUAAUGGUCAGCCUCCUUCUGCUAAUAGUAAUGCACCAAGAGCUACUUUCGCUAAUAUUGAAACUGGUACUUCAAAGCCAAUGUAA